UAAUCGGCAGAUGGCAGCUCACAGAUCUCUCUCAGACCUUCACAGCUUCUCAGCAAGAAGCCAUCUGGAAAUUAUAAAUGUAGCUAAAUACAUAUAUGAAUAAAUUGCAUGAUGAAAUAACCCAGCAUGUUUAUUUUUAUUUUAUUCGGACAACUGGACACAAACAUGGAAACAACCACCACCACUGUGACAUUAAGAGCAAGAACCAGAGAUUAAAAGAGACACAAGUAAAACUGAUCCAACAAGUGCUUCUCUCCGUGGUCAGUUUGUGUCUUUAGGGAUGUCGAUUUUGAACAUUCAUGGUCCCCAGAGGAUGAAUCCUACUUUUUCGGAGUGUUUGCCAGUUGAAGUAUUUUUAGAUUUGUGUGUCAUAAUGAAGAAAAGCUUUAAUUCCUGUCUGAAAUAAAUCCGUUGAACUGGUCUUUAAAGUUGUUACACCACAGUCUAAGUGAGGACUAAUAGUGUUGUGAGUCUCAUUGGAAAUUUCAGUCCAAAUAACAGGGAGUCUGAAGUCCCCAACAUGCCAACCAGCAGUGUGUGAUUAGAUUAUGACAACAAGAACAACAAACAUCCUCAGACAAGCAACACAACCAGAAGGUAUGGACUUUAACGGCACCUGGCAAGUUUAUUCUGAGGAGAACCUUGAGGAAUUCCUGAAAGCAAUCGGUGCUCCUGAAAUUGCUGCCAAAAUGUGCAAACUGCUGAUUGUGAUAGAGCAGAAUGGCAAAGACUUCACCCACAUAAUCAAGACUGCCGUCUGCACCACGGUCCACUCGUUCACCAUUGGAAAAGAGACAGAGACGACCGCUGUGGACGGCAAGAAGAUGAAGUGCACUUUCAGAGAGGAGGAUGGGAAGCUGAUCGCUGAGACUGACAAGUUCACCUCUGUCCGAGAGAUCCAGGGCGACAACAUGGUCGAGACGGUCGCUGCUGGCUCUGUAACUUUCAUCAGCAGAAGUAAACGAGUCUAAUCGGCAGAUGGCAGCUCACACAUCUCUCUCAGACCUUCACAGCUUCUUAGCAAGAAGCCAUCUGGAAAUUAUAAAUGUAGCUAAAUACAUUUAUUAAUAAAUUGCAUGAUGAAAUAA